AUGGACCUGGGGUACUUUGCUCUCGCCUUUCCGCCGGGGCUGUGCCGCGGUGUACCGCAGGCCCCGUACCCCCAGCGAGGGGACGACGCCUUCCUGGCGCUGGGCACCACGGCCAGCUCCGCGCCCCCCCGGCAGGCGCUGGGGUACGCGGCCGCUGCCCCCGCGGCGCUGGGCCCCGGCUGCCGGCCGUCCCGGGGAGCCGGACCGCCGAGCUCCGCCACGUCCAUCCUUCCCGGGAUCGGCCGCUCGCCGCCGCCCGACCCCGAGCGCCCCUGCCCCUGCCUCGGCGCGGGCGGCGGGGGGCUCCGGCACCUCUCGCCCUGCCCCGGGGCCGCCCCCGCGCCCGGCUGCCCGGCUCCCGCGGCGGCCCCGGCGGCGCCCCGUACCUUCGAGUGGAUGCGAGCGAAGCGGAGCCCGCCCGGGAGAAGCGGUGCGGCGCCGUGCGGGGGAGAAGCUCCCGCCUGCUCCGCACGCACCAGCUUCAGCACCCGGCAGCUCACGGAGCUGGAGAAGGAGUUUCACUUCAGCCGCUACCUGUCGCGGGCCCGCCGCCUCGAGGUGGCCCGCUCGCUGCGCCUCCGCGACGCCCAGGUGAAGGUCUGGUUCCAGAACCGCCGCAUGAAGCAGAAGAAGCGGGAGCGGGAGGCGCUGGCCGCCCCCGCCGCCGCGCCCGCCGCUGUCCCGGGCGGCCCCGCCUGAGGCUCCGCCGCCCGCACGGAGGGGCCCGCGGGGAUGUCGGGGCCGGGCUGGAAGCUGCGGCCCGCGGGGCACCGGGUGUGUCUUCCCGCGGCACCGCGGCUGUGCAGUUCCGCUGCUUUUUCUGUUGCAACUUUAUGUACAGUUUCAUUUAUGAGGAUUCAGGGAAAACCGCCGGCCCGGAGCGCCGCUGCUCGGUGUCGGACCGAGCGGGGGGGUGCAGCUAGGAGUUAGCGGAGAGCGCCGCUCCCCCAAGGCAGGGCAGCGACCGGCUCUGCCAGCUCCCCUGGGUUCGGGCGGAGGUGGGUGCUUGGAGGGGCUGUCCCGUGCUCCCGACCCGUUCUCCGUUUUGCAUUUAAAAAAAACAGAUCCAUGGGCUCAGGCAGAGUUGGUACAGAAGGGGAGAAACCCCGACGAGGCAGAGCACGGGAGAACAGGGAAACUUCCUCUUACAGGAAGGGUCAGGGAUGGUCAUGGCAUGAAUCCAAGAUCCCCUUUUGAAAGAAGUGUCCUUGUCUUCUGCCCUGCCCUUUGCAAAAUUGCUGCAAAAAAGAGGAUGUUUUUGCUUGUAUUUACUCAUCAUUCAUUUGUUCAUUCAUUCAUUCAUUCAUUCAUUCCAAUUUCUUUUCCUGAUGUGACUGAUUUAGUCAAAAAUCUGUUUUUGACAGAAAAAACUGUGAGGUAAAAUUUAAAAAGAAAUAAAGUCUUAAAAGGAGCACCUCUUCCCUUUCAAACUGCAGAGGUGCUGGGUUUCCCUUGCAGAGGCUCUGGGCAGCCCAGGACUGGCCAGUGGCCCCUCUGCUAACUCCCAGCUCCCCUCACAUGUCUGUAGACAAUAUAAAGCCUCUUAAAGCAUCUAGGGCCAGAAUCAGUUCAUUUAGCCCUCUCAGUCUUCAUUGUAUCUCAUGGUUAAAAAAUUGCAUCAUUAUAAAUCUAUUUACAAUAAAUCUCACCACAUGCAAAACCUCAAGACCUGUUGAAGCUCAGAAAGAUGCUUGGGUUUCACCAAAGACUAAUGCUGGCAAAAGGGCAAGAGGAUUCCUGGGUCUUUUGCUUGGAUACCUGCACAAAAAAGACUGGCAAUGUUCUCGUAGAUAAAAUAACAGUAUCAAAGUGGACAAAGGAACCAAGCUUAGACUUUUUUCCCAUUUGUGCGUGGGAAAGCAAAACAGCAAUGUGGAGAAGAAUGACAUCUGGAUUUACGUGAAGAUGAUUUUAUUUUUUUGUGGACAGGGCUUUUAUUUUGGACAAGCCUCUUUCUGCCCUGGAUUUCUGCUGAGUGUUGGACUUUGGGGUGAAAACCCAAUUAUGGGACUAGGGGAAGACAGACUUCAAGGAGACCUGUGGAAUGCACUGGGUCCCUGUCUAGAAGCCAGCCCCAGACACCAACAACUAUUUGUCUUUGUUGGAUGCUUGCUGGGUAAAACGAACACAGAGGGAAGAUGAAGAUGGAUGUCUCAAGUCAAAAAGUCUGCAAUGAAGAAGAUUCUUACUCUCUGUAAUACUUUCCACCCCCCCAGGUGCCCUUCUGCUUAAAGCUUUCUUCUGAAGAUUUCUGCUGAGGGACUGGGAAGCCACUGCUGAUGGAAGCUUCAGCAGAGGUUGGUGGGAACCCUGGGAAACUACUCCCAAAAGCUGGGCAGGCAAGUUAUGAUGAUGUUGUGGCAACAAGUCCAUGGCUAAACAGGACCAGGAGCCUCUUUGGCAAGGAGAUGGAUGUUCCCCACAGUGAACAUCCAAAGGAAGGGACUUCCCAAGACAGAAGGGCUGUCACACAUCAUAUCCUGACUGUACCGGCAAAGGACAAUACUGCUAGAGGCUCACGGUUGUGCAUGCACACAGGCACAUUUUUGUUCUGUACAUAGAGUUAUGGUUCAUGUCCCUUGGGCUGCUUCACUUCAUGGCAUAGCCCUAAAAAUUCCCAGGACUGAAGUACUCGUGUGAAACUAGCUGCAACCAAAAUGUGUGGUUUGCAGUUCUUCAUUAAAGUAAUGACACCAAACAAGUGUUUAUACUGCAGGCUGAUCAUUCAUUAAAAACCAGGAAAUAAUAUUUCUGCCAUCUUUUUUUUUUUUUUUUUAAGUGCUACUUAAAGCAGAAUAAAACAAAAUCUGGUAAAAUUAAUGAAAAUUUGAAUAAAUCAAAUUUGUUUUGCAAGUUGAAUUUUAAAGGCAAGUACACUACUAAUCAGCCCUUUUCUGCAGUUGUUUUUAAGGUCCAUUUUUAUGAACUACUCUGUUACUACUGUUUCAUUUGUAUUUUUUAAUACUACAAAAGAGCAUAGACAUACAGCUGGAAUAACCCAUUUUUCUCAGAACACAUGUUUCACAUACAAACUUUAGAAAACAGCUGUAUUUUCAGUUGCCUCUAAAUUUGUCGCAUGUCUAUGGGGUUGCUUGUUUGUCAGCCUUUUAUUUUCCUAAUGAUUUGACAUUUGUGCCUGGCACUUCAGGCCAGAGGAAUGCUUUCUGUACUGCUGGCACACUCGUGCACUACCAACAUGCAAAGAAAGAUUCUCAUUGAUUUCAGUGGUGCUGGAUCAGACCAUUAGAGCACACUAAGUCUUUUACAAUGAAUGUUUUUGUGACAGAUAUUUUCCUGAAUAAAUAAAUACAUGU